GUCAUUAUGCAUAUAUAUUCUCAUAGAAAUCUUCGCGAUUCUUUUCAUCCUGUACUGUCCAAGCGAUUUUAAGGCCGAAAACAAUAUUCGUUAGAGUGUUAUACGAUGGAAAACGUGACGUACGCGGUCAGCGCUCUGAAUCUUCUCAUUUUGGUGACAAGCAGUUUGUCAGCCAUUCAGGAGACCCGUUUCCUCCGCGUUCCGGAAUCAAUACUCUAUGAGGACGAAGGAAAGGACAUCACAGUGGUUUGGGAUUAUCAUAUAGAGGCCAGACCGCCAUCAGGAACCAAAAUCAAAGAUUUCCUAUUUGGCGAGUGGGCGCCUCCUGGAUACGUCAAACUUAAGAUCCUGUAUUUGGAUUCACACCACAAACUAAAAACAAGGCCAGAAUAUGACGAGAAAGUGUACUAUAAGGGUAACAUCUCUGAGUGUGCAAACUGUUCAGUUAUUGUUACCAUACGUCACCUCAAACCAAGGGACUUCAAGAAAUAUGGAAUCGAUAUUUUGGUUGGGUUGUACCGAAGUCCACUUAUAAACUUCUUCGAACUACGUAUGCGAGAAUCGCCAAAAAUAUUUAUGCUCACCCCGAACCUUGUUGUACAACAAGGCAACAAAACAAUCAUUGGAUGCAAGGCUAAGGGAAAACCUGCACCAAUUGUAAAAAUACGGAGAAACAACCAAAUCCUCUGUAAUGAUACACUUCAUUGUCAUUACGUUAUCGAAAACGUUGACACUGAAGACGCGGGAGAGUAUGAGUGUAUUGCUAGGCAAAGCGAAAGGUCAGACAGCAACUYCAUGAAACUCACCGUUCUUCGCAAAGAUGACAAGCGUACAACAGAGAAACCAAACAUCUCAGUGGUGGUCUUUGCUACAAUAGGGAUAGCGAUUGUUUUAGUCAUGAUGGCUGCUAUCUAUUAUUGUAAGAGGGAAAAUAAGUACAAGUUUGAAAACGUUAACGAAAAACCUUUCGAAAUCUAGUAUUCAAAGGUAGUCGCAAGGUGGAAUGGUUGAUCCUUUUUCGAUCACGGAAAUCAUGCUUUGCGCGCCUAGACCGAUCAUCAUCUGGCAUCCAUGUGCAUAGAGAAAUCUUCACUUUGCUUUAUUUGAUUCAAGAUAAUCAUAAAUUGUAAAGAGUUAGCUUUAUCCUGGGGUUUUAUUUUUCGUUCCUUAUGAUUACGAUUAUGAUUAUGACGCCGUGUGAACCAGGCCUUACAAAGCACCUUACGAUGCUUAUGAUUGCGAUGACGAUUCUGAUUACGAUUACGACGAUAGUGUGAACAAGGCUUAGGCCUGGUUCACACGGCAUCAUAUCAUAAUCGUAAUCAUAAGGAACGAAAAAUAAACAUGCGCAGUAGUGAGUUUCGAACCGCCUGCGAGUGCUCCGGACAGCGGAAUUGCUUAAUAAUUUUCAAAAUGUUGGUUUUCCACAGUAUAUCCGCUGAUCAAAUUGUCCACAUAUACGUUCAUGUCUCACCCGGCUUAUAAUUAUGACUCAGUUUGUACGGUUCACACGUAUGAAAUAAGGUCAUAAUCAUAAUCGUAAUCGUAAGAGAAUCGGAACGUUUCCAUUCCUUAUGAUCGUGCUUACGCCUGUGCUUAUGGUUAUGACGCUACGGUUCACACGCGCUGUUCGUUAUAAUUGCGACUACGAUUAUGAUUAUGAUUAUGACACCGUGUGAACCAGGCUUAAGAUAGCAAUAAAAAUAUAAUAAACCGUUA